AUGGGUGUAGGUGAUAAUGAAAAUCCAAUUGUUAGUUUUAAGUUUAUUGUAACAUCAUUAUUAACAAAAUUAAUUGGUAGAUACUUUAAAGAAUUUGGUUAUACUGAAUUUAUUUACUAUUCAAUUUUUUUUUUUGGUCAAAAGAUAAAAUAUUUUCAAAGGGAUCCCGAUGAAAAACCAUCAAUUUUAAAGAUGAUACUUCCACUAAUCUUUAUGAUUUUAAAUGUGAUUUUUGCAGUUUAUUAUUUCAAUGAAGAUUGUAAAGAAAUUAUUUCAAAAAAUAAUGACCCCAAUUUAUUUAUUGGAUUAAUAUUACUUAAAUAUUUAUUUCAUAAUAAUAAUAUUACACAUGUUAUGAUUCAUAUUACUGAUAUUUAUUUAAAUGCUAUUAAAUUUAUUGAAAUUAUAAAACUAAUGAUAAAAGAAAUAAUACUAAAUUAUUAUGCAAAAAUGAAUAAACAAUUAACAAAAAAACCAUUUGAAAAUUUAGAUGGUGCUGGUGGAGAUGAUAGUGGUGAAGAUGACUAUUUUGAAGAAAUAAUGUGUGUAAACAAAGGUGAAAAAGAAGAAUAUUAUGAAAGUAGAAAAUUAAAACAAAAAAUAAAUUAA